AUGUCUGCUGCGCAGCUCCUCAACCCGAAGGCCGAGUCAAGACGGCGGGGUGAAGCUCUGAAGGUCAACAUCAGUGCUGGUGAAGGCUUGCAGGAUGUCUUGAAGUCAAACCUGGGCCCUCUGGGUACUAUCAAAAUGUUGGUGGAUGGCGCCGGACAAAUCAAGCUUACGAAAGACGGUAAUGUUCUACUACGGGAGAUGCAGAUACAGAAUCCUACCGCUGUCAUGAUCGCGAGAGCGGCUACCGCACAAGAUGACAUUUGCGGAGAUGGAACAACCUCGGCAGUGCUCCUCAUCGGCGAACUGCUAAAGCAAGCCGACCGAUAUAUUUCAGAGGGUCUACACCCCCGAAUCAUCACCGAUGGCUUCGAGAUUGCGAAGAACGAGACUCUUAAGUUCCUCGACCAGUUCAAGCUGCCUAAAGAAGUGGACCGAGAACUCCUCCUAAACGUCGCCCGGACAUCUCUCGCUACGAAGCUGAAUGCAACUCUCGCAAGUAAGCUCACGCCGGAUAUCGUGGAUGCCGUCCUAGCCAUCUAUGAAGCUCCGGCGAAGCCCGACCUACACAUGGUGGAGAUCAUGAAGAUGCAACAUCGGACCGCUUCCGAAACACAGCUUAUCAAGGGUUUGGCGUUGGAUCACGGCGCUAGGCAUCCAGACAUGCCUAAACGUGUCGAGAAUGCUUACAUCCUUACUCUCAACGUCAGCUUGGAGUACGAAAAGUCUGAAAUCAACUCUGGAUUCUUCUACUCUAGUGCUGAGCAGCGGGACAAGCUGGUCGAGAGCGAGCGGAGAUUCGUUGAUGCAAAGUUAAAGAAGAUUGUGGAGCUCAAGAAGGAGGUUUGUGGCAAUGAUCCGAAAAAGAACUUUGUCAUCAUCAACCAGAAGGGCAUUGAUCCCCUGUCACUGGAUGUGCUGGCAAAGAAUGGCAUUCUGGCACUCCGAAGAGCGAAGAGAAGGAACAUGGAGAGAUUACAGCUUAUUUGCGGAGGUAUUGCCCAGAAUAGUGUUGACGACAUGUCUCCCGAUAUUCUGGGAUGGGCUGGCCUAGUCUAUGAGCAGCAACUCGGCGAGGAGAAGUACACUUUCGUGGAGGAUGUCAAGGACCCCAAGUCUGUGACCCUUCUUAUCAAGGGACCGAAUGCGCACACCAUCACUCAGAUUACCGACGCUGUACGAGAUGGACUACGAAGUGUUUACAACAUGAUUGUGGACAAGAGCGUGGUUCCAGGCGGUGGUGCUUUCCAGGUUGCUGCUGCUACACACCUAAAGAGCGAUGCUUUCGCGAAGACGGUUAAGGGCAAGGCGAAGUGGGGAGUUGAAGCAUUUGCUGAUGCUCUGUUGAUCAUUCCCAAGACUCUUGCUGCGAACGCUGGCCACGACAUCCAGGAUGCUCUUGCCGCCCUGCAAGAUGAGCAUGCCGAUGGGAAUGUUGUCGGAUUGGAUCUGUCCACGGGACAGCCCAUGGACCCUACACUGGAGGGCGUGUACGACUCAUUCCGUGUUUUGAGAAACUGCAUUGCCUCCAGUUCCGGCAUUGCAUCAAACCUACUGCUAUGCGAUGAGUUGCUGAAGGCUCGCCAGAUGGGCAGGCAAGGUGGACCAGGACCAGGGAUGGACGGACCUGAGGAGUAA